AUGCCUGGAGAAGGGAAGAGGAGUGAGGUUCCGGAGGUGGUGGCGGGCCAUCCUUACGAUUUCCAUGUGUCGGGCCCUCGCAAUCUCUCCUCUCCCAACUGGAGAGAUCUCAUCCGCUCCAGCUGGAGGGAUCCAAAUUACAGGAGGACUGUGAUAGCAUGUUUUGUACAGGCAGUCUAUUUGCUAGAGCUAGACAGACAAGAAAAAAGAACCGAAGAAGAUGGUCUUGCUCUAAAAUGGUGGAAGCCCUUCAAUUACAAGCUGACAAAGACCUUGGUGGAUGAGAGGGAUGGCUCUAUUUAUGGUGCUGUUCUAGAGUGGGACCGCUCUGCUGCUCUAUCUCAUUUCAUAUUUCUGCGACCAACUGGGGCACCAAAGGCUGUCCUUGCACUUAGGGGAACACUACUGAAGAGCCCAACCAUUAGGAGAGAUAUAGAGGAUGAUCUCCGCUUCUUGGCCUGGGAAAGUUUGAAAGGUUCAGUUAGGUUUCAUGGGGCUUUGGAAGCACUGAAAACAGUGGCUGACAGGUUUGGCAGCAAGAAUGUGUGCAUCGGUGGCCAUUCCUUGGGAGCUGGUUUUGCUCUCCAAGUGGGCAAAGCACUGGCCAAGCAAGGGGUGUUUGUGGAGUGCCAUUUGUUUAAUCCACCUUCUGUUUCACUGGCCAUGGGUGUGAGAAUCAUCAGCGAGAAGGCUGGCUUUCUCUGGAAGAAAAUUAAGGCGAGGUUGCCUUCGAAGCCUGAAGUUUUGCCUGAGAAUGAGGAGGACAAGGAUUCUGGAAAUGAAGAAAAGAAAUUACAUGCAGAGAUAAAGAAAUGGGUACCGAAUUUGUAUGUAAAUAAUAGUGAUUACAUUUGUUACUAUUACAUUGAUUCUACUGGCACUGCUGUUGCUACCAGUGGUAGUACAAAAGAGACAAAUACAAAUGGUGGGAAUGGAGAUAUAGCAGCAAAGCUUUUUGUGAUGUCCAAGGGGCCAAAGAAGUUUCUUGAAGCUCAUGGGUUGGAGCAAUGGUGGGCUGAUGAUAUGGAGCUCCAACAAGCCCUCCAACACAGCAACCUCAUAAACCAGCAGCUAAGGUCUUUAUAUGCAAUGCCACCAACCCUACCUCCUGGGAAGGCAUAGUAGGAGCUACUGCCAGGGUCUCUAGAAUUUUCUUCCCCUUGCAUAUCCAGUUCUCAUAGUAUGUCAUCCUCUUCUUGAGUAUGGUUCAAAUAACUUGCUAUUUGUACCCUUUUUCCUUUCAUAAGCAUAGUCAUUCACUUGUUAUCUGCUCUCUUAA